UUCUGAAAUGAAAACAUCAAGUUGUUUCUUCAAAUAUUUCCUCUUUCUAUGUUCUUGGUUUGACUGUGGACAGAUUUACUAAGAACUCAUUUCAGAAAACUGCUUUCCAGAUAAAGUCUACUAGUAGUUGAAGGCAUUGAUCAAACUAAUGUUACCUUCUGAUCUCCACAAAGUUUACUGUUCAGUGAAGAGAAUCAAAGCUUGUUCAGGAUUUCUAAAGAACCCACAGGUGAAGGUCUAAAAAUAACUCAGAUGGAUGGUCUAAAUGUGAAAUCAAGACUCAGGGUCACAAGUUUUAAGGCUUCUGUUAACCACAAAGUUCAAACUAACAGCAAAGUACUGAGAAACUUUUAAAUCUUCAGCCCUCAGACCAGUGGCGGCUUGUUAAUAGGGGACGCUAGGGCGCCGCCCCCAUCAAGAUUUUGUGAAAAAAGUAUUGAUACAGUAAACAUAAAUACGUAUUUAAAGUAAUUAACACAUCUGCACAAUGUUCACUCAUACAAUGGGUCUCAUUUAUAUUUUUUUAAGCCUUUCCAUUCCAUAUUGGGGGGUUUCAGGGUUGUUUUACACGCUUCAAUAGCGAGGGGCGCCUGCCAAAUGAGCGUGCAAGUACAUUCUAAAACUUUUGGCUUUCAUGUGACUUAAUACUGGUCUCUAAUUGGUUACUUAAAGAUCGUCCUCCGGGCGCAGCUCUCUGCAUCCCUGGCGAAUCAGCGCGUUUGGGUGGUCAUUUUUCAUCUGAUCUGAUUGAUUCAUGAUACCUGUCAAUCAAAGUCACCCCUGGCAGCGUACACAGACACAUACGGAGAGAGACAGACAGACCACAACAACAAGACAGAAGAUGAUGGCGGCAGCAAAAGAAAAUUCGGUUGUUUCUUUACGAAAUAAUCCUUUUACGAGGCGUUCGCUGGAGGAAAAAAAGGAUAAAGGAGUUAGGACUGGAGCAACCUGAUUUACAAAUCCAGCAGCAGGCAAGUGACCGUGGACAGAGUUACAGGCUUCUCCCACCUGUGUUAUGCUAAACACAGCUGGCUAGCUGGAUGUGAAGUUAGCAGUGCUCUGUAGUGCUUUCCCUGCUUGCUUUUUCAAAGUGUUGGUACUGAAGUUCUGUGGACAGCAACGGGGGUCAGAGACCUGAAACAUCUCUCUGAAAAAUGCAAACGGCAUGAAGGUAGCCGUAGCCACCUUGAUGACAGCAUGAAGCUACAGUUUUUUGGCCGUGUUAGCAUUGCUGAACAACUAGAUGAGGGCUACAGAGUUGGCAUUAGAAGGCACAAUGAAGAGGUGACAAAAAGUCGUCACAUACUGCCCAGGAUAAUAGACUGUGUGAAAUUUUGUGGGGCCUUUGAGUUGGUUUACGUGGCCAUGAUGAGAGUGAGAGCUCUGUUAACCCUGGGAUAUUACGUGGGUUGGUGGAUUUUGUUGCCUCUCUGGAUGGAGCUUUGAAAGAGCACCUUGAAACUGCCACUGUUUUUAAGGGUACUUCAAAAACUGUCCAAAAUGAGCUCCUGGACUGUAUGUUGUCUGUUGCAAGGGAGCAAAUAAUUAAAGAAGCCUAAAAGAGUGUUUUUGUGUCAGUCCAGGCAGAUGAGACAACAGAUAUUUCAACACAGUCACAACUUGUGCUUGUACUACACUACAUUGAUGACAAACACAGUGUGCAGGAAAGAUUUUUUGAAUACAUUCCUCUGCAGUCAGCUAUGUCUGAGUCCAUUGCUACUCCAUUAACAGAGCGUCUUGCUGCCAUCAUUCCUGAGGAUCAGAAAAGCAAGCUAAUCUGCCAGGCGUAUGAUGGAGCCAGUGUGAUGAGGGGUGCCACUGGGUGCCAAGGGGUGUUCAGAGGAAAAUCAAAGAUGUGUACCCAAAUGCCCACUAUAUCCACUGCUAUGCACACCAACUCAACCUGAUCAUGCAGCAGGCCACCUCUCACAUUUCCAAGGUGAGAAUUUUUUUUCUGACCUGGGUGGAUUUGCCAGCUUUUUUUCCUGAUCACCCAAGCGUACAGCUGUUCUCGAUAAAACGGUGGCCCAUAGACUGCCAACAUCCAGCAAUGUCAGAUGGAACUUUCACAGCCAAGCCAUCAACACUGUUUGAGCACAGAGAGGAUCUCAUUCAGUGUUUUGAGAACAUACAAGACUCAGGUGACUUUGAUGCCAGUACCAUCAGAGAGGCAGGAGCCAUGGCCAUGCUGCUGGAACAUCAGGACUUUAAGUUCUUUCUGGAACUUUUUCACCACAUCAUGCCACAUGUGGACCUCCUCUAUGCCAAGCUCCAGAAGAAGAACGUAGAUGCAGUCCACAUAAAAGUGAGCAUCCAGCAGUUUGAACAGGACAUCGAAAACAUCAGAAAUUCUCUCCAUUCCAUGGGUGAGCCAAGAAGUGGCUGUCUGACAGCAAAGAGGCGUCGGGCACUCAGUUCAGAGGAUCGUCAAAGGGUUGCAGAAGAGAUCUGCAACACCAUUCUGGGACACACCAAGGAGCGCUUCUCCUUCACCGACCAUCUUGUCUGUGCAACCUUGUUGCAGGGGGACAGGUUUGAAGAGCAUCACGGGUCAUUUCCUGAAGAGGCACUGCAACGCACUUUGAAGGCCUACCCGAUGCUGAAUGGAAGCAAGCUGAAGACAGAACGCGGUCUCAUCUCCAGCAAAGUAGAGUUCAGAGCCUGCUGUGGUGCACUGGACCUAUUCCAGCUGGUCAUGGAGAACAAUCUUGAAGUUGUCUUUUCAGAAACUGUCAAUCUUUUAAGGAUCCUGAUCACCACACCCAUGACCACAGCUGAAGCAGAGAGGUGUUUCUCAACCUUGAAAAGAGUGAAAACAUUUCUCAGAAACUCCAUGACCCAGAAAAGGCUGAAUGCCUUGGCCAUGCUCUCCAUGGAAAAAGAGACUUGUUUGUGAAAUGACAGAUUUCAAUCAGAAAGUCAUUGAUAAAUUUGCUGGUCUGAAGGAGAGGAGAGCAAAACUGAUGUUCAAGUAAUUGUUUUGUUGUGUUGUAAUGCCCGUCUGCUAGUGCGCCCCCCCAAAAUAUUUUAUCACCAGCCGCCACUGCCUCAGACUGUCUAAAUGUUCAAACUAACAGAGAACUGCUCAGGAACUUAGAAGAUAUCAGUCGUUGGACUGUCUCAAAGUUCAAACUAACAGAGAUCUACUGUGGGACUUAGAAAAUUUCAGCCUUCAGAUUGUGUGAAAGCUCAGGUCCUGAGGACUCGGGAGGUCUGGAGGCUUUGGAAAGUCUUGGAACUGAGGGUUCAACCCUCCAGCACAAAGGCUGAAGUCCAACCUCCUGAGAAAAACGGUCGAGUUGAGACUCAAGAAAAAAACUCGAAAAUGACAAAAAAUAGAUGAUAAAUGCACAAAAAAAAAAGAAGAAUUAGUAUCUGAGUGAGUAGCUUAGAGCAGUGGUUCUCAACCCUGUUCCUCAGGACCCCAUGUCCUGCAUGUUUUCGAUGCUUCCCUGCUCCAACAC